UUGGGGUUGUCAGUGGGCUGGUCUUUUUACCCAGCAUGCUAUUAGGUAAGUGUGUGUGUGCCCAUGUUGCCUCAUUUCCUGUGUUUGAGACUCAGUUGAGAGAGACAGAGAGGAGGAGAGGAGAGACAGAGGGGGAGGUUGGUUCCUGAUACCGAGACACAGAAAGGCAGAGCCAGGGGUGGAAGAAAGAGAACAGAGGAAUUACAUACAUAUACAGAGACAGCAACCACAAAUAUACAUAUAUUCUGCAUGUGCCCCUCGUUGCCAUAGCACCCUGGACCCAAAGCAGUAACAUUCUAAGAACCCUAUCUUCAUGGAUUAACAGAACCUGCAGGAGGAGAACCCGCCAGAUUGUCAAAUGAAUAACAGGAAGGAAGACAUGGAGAUCACGUCUCACUACCGACAGCUCCUGCGGGAGCUGAACGAGCAGCGGCAGCACGGCAUCCUGUGCGACGUGUGCAUCAUCGUGGAGGGCAAGAUCUUCAAAGCCCACAAGAACGUGCUGCUGGGGAGCAGCCGAUACUUCAAGACCCUCUACUGCCAGGUUAAGAAGACCUCCGAGCAGGCCACUGUCACACACUUGGACAUUGUCACAGCGCAGGGCUUCAAAACCAUCUUGGACUUCAUGUAUUCCGCCCACUUGGCGCUGACCAGCAAAAACGUCAUCGAGGUUAUGUCAGCGGCAAGCUACCUGCAGAUGACCGACAUCGUCCAGGCGUGUCACAACUUCAUCAAAGCUGCCCUCGACAUCAGUAUCCGCUCGGAGUUGUCGGACGAGCUGGUUGAUUUCGAGAUGAACGCGGCCACCGGGGGAAACAGUAAUGCGGAAGCGUUGGCGUCAAUGAUGUCAGGCAGGAGUACCUCUCCUUGGCUGGCACGGAGAACCAGCCCUGCCAAUUCCUCCGGCGAUUCGGCCAUUGCCAGCUGCCACGAAGGAGGGAGCACGUACGGUAAAGAGGACCAGGAGCCCAAAAACGACAGCCACGAUGACAUUUCUUCACAGUCGUUGUGGUCCAGUGAAUUCCGACCUGUACAGGUCAAAGAGGAGCAGGUAUCCCCCUCGAACUACAGGAAAGAGGGAUCUACUUCUGCACAGAACACUUUAGGGGAGCAGGGCAGCGGUGAGAGGUGGCAGCCAUCUGGGUCCGGGCGCAGGAAGAACCGGAAAAAUAAGGACACAGUGCGUCACAUCACACAGCAAGUGGAAGACGACAGCAGGGCCAGCUCACCCAUGCCAUCCAUCCUCUCCGUCUCUGGCUGGACCUACAACAGCCAGGAUAUUCCAGGUGCUGACGUAAUGGAGCCCAACAGCUCAGACAGCCGGGGAGACCGGUUAGAUUUCUUCAUGAAGCAGGAGGAGGCCCUGGCUGGAGAGGCCAACUACCUGUCCCAGUCUCUGGGCUCGGAGAAGGAAGAGUCGUUGAGCCAGGGGACCUCCGUGGCUAACCUGCGCGCAGCCCUCAUGAGCAAAAACAGCCUGUUAUCUCUCAGAGCAGAGAUGCUUGGAGAAGACAAUCCAUUGCUUUUUGAGUACUUUCCCAAAGGCACACACUCUUUGUCUCUGAACGAGUUCACAGUGAUCAGGAAGAAGUUCAAGUGCCCGUACUGCAGCUUCUCAGCCAUGCACCAGUGCAUCUUGAAGAGACACAUGCGCUCGCACACCGGAGAGAGACCGUACCCCUGCGAGAUCUGCGGCAAGAAAUUCACCCGACGAGAGCACAUGAAGAGACACACACUGGUGCACAGCAAAGAUAAGAAGUACGUCUGCAAGGUUUGCAGCAGGGUGUUCAUGUCUGCAGCCAGCGUUGGAAUCAAGCACGGGUCCCGACGCCACGGGGUGUGUGCGGACUGCUCCGGCAGAGGCAUGGCCUCCCUAAUGGACCAGAACGGGGGAGAAGGGUCCCCGGAGGAGGAGCUGUACCCCGGGGAGAACCAGUUCAUCGAUGACCCUGAUGACCUGAAGGCUGACGGGGGGGAGGAGGAGGAGGAGGAGGAGAUGGGAGAUGAGGACGGAAAGUGGAAAGAAGACUCAGGAAUGUCCCAGCCGGAUGUGAGUUUAGACGAUGACAAAGAGGAGAGCGACUCUGCACAGGAAACAGAGAACCAGGAAGGGGCCCACAAAGAUUUCGCCUGGAUUUCAUAGUCCCUUUUUUUUAUUAAAAUAAAAAUAGCCUUUUAUCAUGUUUUAAAUAUGACUAUGUUAAAGAGUUACAGUACCAAUAUUCACUUGUGCACAUUUUUCAUAUAUUGUGGAUCUGCAAAAGCUAGGUGGGAGUAUUUGAUUUUUUUUUUUUUUCUUUCAAAUAAUGGUUUUGGGAUUGUCUGCAGUUUCCUGAGGUUUUGACAGUUAAAGAAACUGUCUUGUGUUGAUGAUGAUGGCCAAUUGUAAAAUGAAAAGAGGUUUAAAAUAUUCACCUUUUAAUAUUUUUUUGUGGCAGAAUAACUUAGCUGUUUGAACAGAAACAAGAAAAGAGCUCUCCGUCCUCUUGCUAAUUUGUAUAAUGAAUUGUUACAGUAAGGUUUAUGAAAUUUAUGGUAAUAUAUUGUAUUGUUUCUGUUGCAGAACUAGGUUUAGGAUUCUUCACAGCAGUUUGGUUGAUGGCACAAAACUGCCCCAGAUUUGCACUUUAAAUGUUGACCUGGUUACUAUCAAAAGACCCUAAUCAAGUGGUUUACAUUGAACUACUCAGUGACAACCAUACCUUCGAUGACAAAUGUCCUCAUGACUGUUAUUAUUACCUGCGCAAAAUGUUUGUUUUUUAAAUGCCUUUUUUAACAUUCAUGUAUCUGCCACUUUUAACUUUUGAAUAAGUUGUUCCUCACAUUUUGAGUGUAAGUAGCAACAUUAAAAAAAAAAAAAAGCAUAACCAAAACAAGACUUUUGCUCACAGGGGAGAGCUGUCUGUGUACAGAUUUAACAUGGACACUGGAUAGAGUUUCCAAAAGAUCUACAUAGCUUCUAUCAAGUCAGCGCACAGUAUGGAGUGCUCCUCAACUGAAGUGUCUCGCACACCGCCAUGGGAGUGUUUAUUUCCAUUACUCCUUCCGAGUGGCCCCUACAGCGGUGUGACGAAGCUUGUAGGUGUGUGCCAAGCAACGCCAGGGAAGCUACACUCACUGAGUGACUGACUUGCGGAACAGAAUCCUACCAUCUAGGAGCGAAAUUCUUGUUAUAUUAUGUUCUCGGCUCAUUUUUAUUUUCUGAAUAUAAUUUAGUUUUGCUUAUAUACAAAGAUUUACUUGAUGUGCUAGAAAACCCUGGGUACUUUAUUUUCAAGGUGUCUUGGCCUUUCUCUAGCAUGUUUUGCUUCUUCAAUAAUGAUUUUCUUAUUUAAGCUUUUUUUAUUAUUGCACAAAGAGCACCCAUGUAAAAUAUUUAGAUUCCACCACCCUUCCCCAUACAGGAGUUUUCCAUCAAACAGGCUCCAAAGUUGGCUUUUAAGUAAAAUUGUCUAGUUCAAGUGAGAUUUAAAAAGAAAGUUCCUGUUGACAGGUUAUUUAUUGAAAGUUGCUUCAGUGGAAAUGCUGUUUUUCUAAGACAUUCCUUUUGUUCUGCCCCUCCAAUCUUUAAGGCACAAGAUGCGAUUUAUUUUUGUUUUUAAUUGCGAUUGUGCCAGGGUGUUUUACCUUUUGAAGGAGAGUGGUUUGGGUUAUUAAGUGCUGGAUGCUGAGCUUUACUACAUGUUUCAUUUUAAUAUUUUAUAUAUAUAUAUAUACAUAAGAAAAGCUUUUAUACUUUGCCUUGUUGUGGACAGUAAGCCUUGUGGCUUUCAGAACGUUUUCAUAUUGUGCCAGUUCUGUGCUAUUUUUUUUUUUUUUUUAAUUUUUUGUUUUUGCAAAGAAAGCAAAGACCAGAGAAGCUAACUUAUUUGAUAUAUAUUGUUAAAGUUAUAUAUAGCACAUGCUUCUAUAUUACUAACGUACACUAAAUGAAUAUUAUACCAAAAAUAAUCUAAUAUACAUUGUAUACAUUAAGUGCUGUGUUUUUUUUUCUACAGGAGGUGUGCAGAUUCAACACUUUGAUAUUUUAAAAAUGGUUACGUUGUUCAAAUAGAAUAAAAACCAAAUUGAUAAUGGUAUGAAGGGCCUCCUUUGUGUUUGUAUGUGAUAGAUACCAGUUUUUUUUUGCUGGAAGUCAUUCCUUUAAUAUAAUUUUCCAAAGUUUGGGGGUUAAUCUCUCAUAUAUAUAUAUAUAUAUAUAUAUAUAUAUAUAUAUAUAUAUAUAUAUAUAUAUAUAUAUAUACAGUACUGAAGGAACGCAUUGACUGCUACUCGUAGUAUCCAAGUAUUAUGCAGACGCUAACUACAGUUUGGCCCUGCAAGAACUGUUAAUUAUGCUAGGAACAGCAGCACCAUCUGGUGGGUAAAUGUUGUUAGCAGAGUGUUCAUAUUCGUCGUGUAUCACAGGGAUUGAGCUCCUUUACAAUCUAAUUUGUGUCUCCCUGCUUUCUGGAAUUCAUUCAGACUUAAAAUACUGUGCCUAAGGUCAUGGAAGGUUUUUUUUUUGUUUGUUUGUUUGUUUUUAAGGAUGUAGAAAACAUAUUCUGAGUGUGGGGACCUGUGUGUGUGUGUGUGUGUGUGUGUUUUUUUCUUAAAAUAAUCUGAAUUUGAAAAUGUAAUCUUUCUCCAAGUAAUGUGCAGUUGCUGAUGACUGUGUGCCAGUAUUUAGUGUCCUGCUCGUUACAGUAACGCUCAUAAUAUAUUGACAGUCACAACAGCGUGUUGUUAUACCAAAGCUAUGUUGAAACAUCUGCACACCUCUAGUUUUAAUUUUAGAAGCAAAACUGGAACAAUUUGCAAUAUAUAUAUAUAUAUAUAUAUAUAUAUAUAUAUAUAUAUAUAUAUAUAUAUAUAUAUAUAUAUAUAUAUAUAUAUAUUAUUCAAAAAUAAUAAUGUAGCCUGUUAACUUAUGUGCAAAUCUAAAGCCAUAUGUAUGGUUACUUUCUAGAUUAUACUAUAUUUCAAAUUUGUACCUUUUAUUUUAGAUUUUGUGCUUUCUAAGAGUGCUGUGUGUAUACUUUCAUAUAUAUAUAUUAUUUAUUUUUUCAACACGAUUCAGCUUGUCUUUAAAAGGGCAGUGUUUGAAACUGUUGAAGUUCGCUGUUGGGAAUAUUGUUCUAUAUGAUACUGACUUUAUAAUCAUUUUUAUUAUAAACCUGUGUUUGUAAUGGAGAUGUGUUGGAUAAUUGAAAACAAAUGUAGUAAUCACGAUUAGUGGGAGACGAUAACAGUGCGUUGUACUGAUAUUCUGUAUAUGAUAGUACUGAUCAUUUUACCUUUUUCUAGUUCCAUCUUGAAAUUCCUGUAUCUUGUAGGAAUUCCUGAAAGUCUGCCUAUGUUUAUUCUUAACUUCAUGUUAAUGGAAUUAGCUUGACUAUACUCGCAAACCAAUCAGUCUCAAUAAAUUUGGAAAUUGCUGCUGAAAAUGAAUGCUUGUGUAUUUUAUUGGAAUGCUGAACAAGAAGAAACACUCUGAUGAAGGCAUUGGCAGAAACGUUUGUCUUCUACACUAGUUUUACUCUCCAUGAAAAUUAGAUUACUAGGAAAAAAAAUUAUUAGAACUGUUAUGAAUACGGCUCAAACAACUGCUGUCCUAUAAAACAGUCCAAGAGCUCUCCAUGUAGUACCUCUCCUCGGUCACAUGAGGGCUCCAAACAGCACACGUUGCACAGAGGCAUCAGCAUGUGCUUGAGAUGCUCAAACAUGAUCUGUCUGUUCUAGAAGGGAAAUAGCUAUUGAGAGUGUUUCCCCUGUGUUGCUGUCAAAAAACAAUCCCAUAUAUUUUGUCCAUAACCAGUGGUGUAGGUUAAUUAUAGUAAAAGACAACUUGAGCCCCCUCCCCUCCCUCUGAAAUAAAUAAGCUUAGGCUUACUGAAUAUCAUGUGGGUCAUGUUUGACUAAGCCAUCCCCUGACAUACACACAUGAUUAAAACUGCUCACACAAUACUAUUCUGCAUUAAGGUUUUAAUUUUAAACAGAAGGAUAGCAACAAAAAAAUAUAUCACAUAAAUCCUCUCUUUUUUUUUCUUUGUUAAACAAAAGUGCAUUAUGAGCAAAAAAAAGAUGCAACAGUUUUUUUUUUUGUUAUUGUAAGCCAGUAUAACUUGUUUUAUGCAAAUAGUUAUUCCACCAAUAUUUGAAGGUCAUGGAAUGUUUUUUCAAAAUGAAACUUGCAAGAAAAACUACUGUGCUACAGGGCUGUGUUAAAUCAACACAAUUAGAGAGUUCUAAUCAUGGUGCGUUUUUAAAUGAAAUAGCAUUGGUGCAUUUUACUGUUUGUUCACUAGGAUUAGUGCCGUAUGUAAAAU